AUGUCAAUCGGUCAUUUCCGUUUAUGGAGCAGUUUGGUUCUUUCCCUGGUCCUGUGGAGCAACACGAUCACUUCCGACGCGGCAAUCGGUUCAGGCUACCUGAGAAAGAUUCGCGAGGUCAACAAGUUGGGUCCGUAUCUGGGGAUCGUGGUGCCCAACAUGUUCGAGAUGGACCCUCUUCUUCACUCCGAUCGUUUCGUCCCCGAUUCGAGGACGACAAGCCUCGACAUUAUGGGAAAAAGGUUCAGGAUAGGAAAGGUGGGAAACCAGAAGGUUAUCCUUGUGAUGACAGGAUUGAGCAUGCUAAAUGCAGGGAUAACCACAGAGCUGCUUCUGACCCUGUUCAGCCUGGAAGGCGUUCUUCACUACGGAAUUGCAGGGAACGCAAAUCCAAACCUGCAGAUUGGCGACGUCACGAUUCCGGAGUAUUGGGCUCACUCUGGGCUCUGGAAUUGGCAGAGGUUCGGGUCGGGGCCCAACAACCCGCUUGCCCUGGAGUCCAACGGCGACUUCACCAGGGAAAUCGGCUACCUGAGAUUUGCGAACUACAGCAUUACUCCGUCGUCGGACAACUUUUUGAACAACGUUUGGUAUCAACCGGAGGAGAUAUUCACGGUGGACGGAUCCCCUGAAGUCAGGGAGCACAUCUUCAAGGUCCCCGUCGAUUCGCGUUACCUGGAAGUUGCCAAAAUGGUCGAGAAACAGGGCGUGACCUUGGAGAGGUGCGUGAACUCAUCUUUAUGCCUGCCGAGACCUCCGGCGGCCGCGACGGUGGCGAUGGGAGUGAGCGCGGGCGUCUUCGUCGACAACAGGGCAUAUCGGGAGUUCUUGAGUGCCAAGUUCAACGCCACCGCCAUAGAUAUGGAGAGCGCUGCGGUGGCGCUGGUGUGUCAUCAGCAGAGGACGCCAUUCAUUGCGAUCAGGGCUCUGUCCGACUUGGCCGGCGGUGGGUCGGCUGUUUCUAACGAGGCGGAUGCCUUCGCGCCCUUGGCCGCUGAGAAUGCCGUGCGAGUCUUGCUUAGCUUCAUCGCCGCGUUAUCAUCGUCGUCUUCGUUAGCUAAAUGA